AUGGUCCCCCUGUCACGGAAAUUGAAACUGAAAAUCUGCAGAAGGGCACCUGGUGGAGAUAGCACCGUCAGCUUCAUUUUUCACUUCAGGACCAGCCCGCUCCUAUCUCGCUUCGCGCGGUUCGGCAAUGGAUUCGGGAAUCAUUCCGCAGGAGUGCGUUUCGAUCGCGCUCCGGGACGUGAAUCGGGCUUCCUGCCCCUGGCUGGCAGCGGUGUCGGGUUCUGCCUCCGAGCAGAUCGGCUUCUCCUAAGUAACACCGACGAAACUUACUUCCUCUGGAAAUCAGAACCAAUAUCUGGAGCUUCGGUUGCUGUCAGGCUGGCCCCAAACAUUCGAACUGCUGAACUACCUGUUACGGGACGCUAUAUGCGAGGUCCUUCUUCCAUCCAGAGCAGUCCAGCCACUUCUUCGCUGGCGCGGGGCACAGGCGACAUAUUCUUCAACGGCUGCUCGCAUUCCGCAUUGGUCCCGACGGUGGUAUCGUCCGGGUUUAACGCGGCGGGAUCCAGCAGCCAGUUCGAGAAUCGUCGAACCAGGGCCGGACUUCGGGCGGUUACAGUUGAUCCGGAGCUUGAAGCGAAUCGGGCUGAAUCUGCGGCACCGGACGGCGUACCGUACCAUCAACGGAAGUGGAACUGCUCUCCGGCACCGUCGCGGUGCCGGAAGUCGAACGCACCAUUGCCUCGCUGGAGACGUCACAACAAAUCCCAGCAACAGCAAAAGUCCACCAUCUGCGACACCCACUCCACCAAAGGCCAGCAGCUCCUCUCUGGAUAA